CCUCUCCCGCAAAACGCCAAACGCAUCACUUCCUUUCGAGAAUUCAUCGACAGCGCUUUGCUGGGGGUGUUGAUCUGCUUGCCUGUCGAGAAGGAUGCGGUUCCAAAACCAAUCGGCGCCUUGACCCUCACGCAGAUACCACAGCGAGCUCAUCACAGAAACGCGGGGAUAGGAAUCAACAUCCUCCCAGCCUACCAAGGGAAAGGUCACGGCUCGGAAGCGAUUCGAUGGGUUUUGGAGUUUGCGUUCGAGACGAUGGGACUGCAUAGGGUGGAGAUUGGGAGUUUUGAAUAUAAUCGGGGAGCGGAUCGGUUGUAUGAGCGGUUGGGGUUUGUGAGGGAGGGGUUUACGAGAGAGAGUGUUUUCAGUCAGGGACGGUGGUGGGGGGAGUUUAGGUUGGGGAUGUUGGAGGGGGAGUGGAGGGAGAUGAGG